CGCCUUUAAGACUCAAACCAAAGCCAAAACACACACAAACACAAGAGAAAAAGAAAAAAAAAAAAACUCGCUCAAAUUUAUCCAAAAAAAUAACCCUCCAAAUUUCCUCUAGAAAUUGAGACCCCUUUCUAGUUCUGAAUUAAGGAGGAGAAGAGAGAAAGAGAAGGAGGGGCGCAAUGAGCGGCAGCCACGGCGGGGGACCGUGCGGCGCGUGCAAGUUUUUGCGGAGGAAGUGCGUCAAAGGGUGCAUUUUCGCCCCGUAUUUCGACUCGGAUCAAGGCGCUGCCCACUUCGCGGCGGUGCACAAGGUGUUCGGAGCCAGCAAUGCCUCCAAGCUCCUCCUCCGCAUCCCUCCCCCCAAGCGCCUCGACGCUUGUGUUACACUAUGCUAUGAGGCUCUCGCUAGAGUUCGAGACCCCGUCUAUGGCUGCGUCCCUCAUAUCUUCUCCCUUCAGCAACAGGUAGUGAGUUUGCAGGCAGAGCUAGCAUACAUUCAGGCCAGACUUUCCACCUUGCAGCGGCUGUUGCCACGGCCGCUGCACAGCCCUUCCCCGACCGCUCGCCCCACGUCGCUACCCGAAACGGGAUCAGGCUCUGACAUGGACUUGCUUUCCAAUGUUCCUAUGCUCCUUGAUCCCCUCCAAAUUCAGCCACAUAAUUAUGGCGAAACCACGAGCUUUCUAAACCCAAUUGAUCAAGAGCUCGACGAAGAUGGCGAUCUUCAGUCAUUGGCUCGAGAAUUCGUGUCGAGGUACUUGCCCGGAGUAAGAUUCCGGCCGCCGUGCUCUCAGAGUUGAAGACGGCCGGGCUGUUUAAUAGUCUUUGUAAGCUAAUUUGUAAUCUCUCAGCUUCUUUUAAGUCUUUUUCGCUUCUUUCUUUUGCUUAGCCUUUUGGUAUCUAACUGUGUUCAUUGGUUCUGAAAGUUUGGUGAAAUCUGAUCAGUUGCAUCUCUUUUUUGGUUCAGAAUCAAAAUUUGACUGUUACUUUUGAAAUAACUUCAUCUUUAUUUUAUUUUA